AUGAACUUCCAGGUCGAACGCAGCGAUGACGAUGAUGAUUCAGGUGGCCCGGUGCAUCCUUGUAUUGCCAUCUGUGUGGCCAUGGUUCUCAUCGUCAUCGCGCCAUAUUUCAUCUGGCACACGGAGGGCGACUACAUCAAGACUUUGGAGGUACUGGAGGCAGCGGAGAAGGGUGCGCUCGAGCCCUGCAAGGGUCAUCCAACGUGCAGCGACUGUGACUUUUCCAAAGUGAAGGAUGGGGAUCUAAUCUACUUGGCCUGCCCUUUCAGCAACCUCAAAACACUGGAUGAUGUUAGGAAGGAGGGUGCUUUCAAUAUCCAGGAGCUCACCCCAGCCCUUUCCAAAAGCCAGCCUGCUGCAGCCUUCUCUUGGGAGGUCGAGAUGUACCAGUUCUACCAAGAUACCGACAGCAAGAAGACCGUUACAGUGACGACGGGCCUCUGCCCCCAAGCGCAAUAUCAAGUUUCCGAUGCAGACAAGCGGCGUGUGUGUUGCCAAGGGGCCAACUCGCCCGGCCGCCGCAAGUUUGAGGCGACGUUUGUCAGAACAACGGGUGGUGCGUGCCAUCCAGCGAAACCGCGACAGAUGUCAGCAGCAGAGAUGUUCCUUCAGGAGAGUCUGGACAUCGAGGGCGGGCCGGACAAUUCAUCGACAGAGGAUGUGUUUCCAGAGCUUGAGAAGAGACGGAGGCUCAGGAAGGACAAGGACGAUGACCAGAGGGACCGUGACUUUACAUGUUCCUUUGACUGCCGCCACUGGAGAAGUGCCUGGUCCUCGCGCGUUCGUGCAAGCCCGGCAACUUGGAUGUGGUUGCCUGACAACGUCUUUUCGAAGGUCGAGUGGCUGGAUGGCGCGCCUGCUGCAAACAUCCCCAGCCUCCCUUUGACAGGAUCUUACAGCAAUGUCAAAGGUGGACCUGAUGGGGUUUCUCUGGGGGGCGUCACGAUGCAAGAGUUCAAGCCCGAACGCGGCGAUGACCUCUUCACUACGAGUGCCGCUGCGACGCUGUCGCCGACAGGUGGCGAUGUCGGAAAAGCACCGCUUCAACGAGUGCAGGCUGGCACCAAGAAGGUGCAACUUGGGACGGAAUACACGAGCUACACGCGCUCUGCUGCGUGGACGAACCGUGAAAGCAAGUACAGCAGCGGCCGCACCUGUAUUGAAAGCGUGCCACCAAACUCGAAUGAGCCGCUGCCGGGAGACCUGCGAGUGUGUUUCUCGAGAUCGGACGUCAACCAGGUCUCCGUGCUGGCAGGGGUCAAGAAGGUUGGCAGCAGUCUUUCGCUGGUCUUGUCUGAUACGCACCUGCGUGCAAAGACAGAGCUCCGGUCCCAAACGCAAGGAUAUGUCCUGCGCAAGAACAAGCUCCUCUCUCUGAAGCAGUUGGUCGACGAGGAAAAGUCAUACAAUGUGAACGCGCUGUAUUUUGGAAGAGUUGUUGGUCCGCUGAUUCUCUGGGCUGCCUUUUAUUGUUUCCUUUCUCCGUUGAUAUGGGUGGUUGACAAGUUUGGAGACACGCUGAAAGGCAUCCCGUGCAUCGGUGGAGUCCUGGGGUUUCUUGCAGACUUCGUGGAGACGCUGGUGACCUGCCUGGUUUGUAUGGUGAGCUGCUCUCUGGGCUUAGCCUGCGGCUUGCUGGCCAUGGCUGUGGCCUGGCUCGCUUUCAGGCCUGUCACCGGCGCCAUCCUGCUUACCGUCUCGGUGGCCCUCUUUGUGGCCGUCAUUGUCUUCGGCUGCAACCAGCAGGGUCAAAAAGGAGUGCGCCGAAGGAGUGCGAGGCAGCCCGAGGUGCAGCAAGUGGAGAUGAACGCCGCGACAGUGCAGCCUGCAGCCAUGAUGGCCCAGCCUGUCGCGAUGCCUGUUGCAGCAGUGGUGCCCACGCCGACCGUCUUUCAAGUGCAAUGCCCGGCCGGCACUGCGCCAGGCACUCCCGUCAUGGUGACCACCCCGGAUGGGCGACAAGUCACAGUUCAGGUCCCUGCCGGAGUUGCCCCGGGUCAGAUGUUCCAAGUUCAGGCUUGA